AUGAUCCAACCGAUUAUUGCAACUUUGGCAGUUGCUUUCUCUCUCUCUCGAAACACCAAUUUCACUUUGUCGUAUAUUCACUUUUGUCAUCUUUCCUGCCCCACAUUCGCCGCCCGUUCCGGUGCCCAGGCGGACGCGGUGUUUGCCUUUCAAUUGCGCAAUCCCGUGCACAACGGGCACGCUCUGCUGAUGGCGGAGACGAGACGACGCCUUCUGGAGGAGGGCAACGGGCGGUACCGGAAUCCGGUGCUGUUGUUGCACCCGCUGGGCGGCUGGACGAAGCCGGACGAUGUGCCUCUCCACGUGCGAAUGGACCAGCAUGCCGCCUGUUUAGGUGGGCCGGGCUGGCCGCCCUUCGAGUCUUGCCUCCUCGUAGCGCCGCAUCGUCGGCCAGUUCAUGGGCCCCAUUCUGGGGACUAG